UCUUCUUACUCCUUCUCUCUCCAGACCUGGAUUUCUGUCUCUUGCAGAGGCAGAGGCUUGACCACGUUUCCACAAGGACUCAGCUAUGAAAUCAAGCGGAUUGACCUCUCCCACAAUGCCAUCUCAAACCUGACAGACUAUGACACAUCUGCUUUGGAACAGCUGGAGCAGCUGGAUCUGUCAUACAACCACCUGCGCUCACUGUCUGGGGGAGCCCUGGGGCACCUUGCCCACCUUCGCUCCCUGAUUCUGGCCGGGAACCAACUCCACCAAGACCAUUUCUCCAAUGGAAACGCCUUCCUGUCACUGGUGAGCCUGGCAGCCCUUGAUGUCUCAGCCAACGGCUUAGAUAACCAGAUGGUGGCCUCAUACCUCCACCACCUCCCAGUUCUGGAGUGGCUAGACCUGUCGGGGAACCACUUGACCUGUCUGGCAAAUGGCAUCUUCCAGGGGGUGCCCCGGCUGAGGGAACUUCACUUGAGGCGCAACUCCCUUGUUGAAAUCGAGGAAGGGGCCUUGUCCCAGCUCAGGGCCCUGGAGGUCCUCGACUUGUCCAUGAAUUCCCUCCACUGCAUCACAGGCUUCGGCCUAGCCCAGCUGCGGGUUCUGAACCUUAGUUACAAUGCACUGGAGUCCUUUGAUGGGGCAGGAGAAGAGGCCCCCUGCCACCUCCAUAUCUUGGACCUGAGCCACAACCAGCUGAAUGCCCUCCCGCUGCUCCCCAGGAGGAACCGGCUUCGGUACCUAAACCUCUCCCACAAUGCCAUCACCACAGCAACUAAUGAAAGCCAGAACGUCACGCCUCAGAAUGUCUCUCAGAGCUUUGCAAAACUGAUGGACCUGAAUCUCAGCAGGAACCGCCUGGGAUCAUUCCCAGUUGCGCUUCUUCAUGGUUUGGCUUCCCUCCGGGCUCUAAGCCUGGCGAGGAAUUGCCUCAGUGACUUUGCCGUGGAGCUGCCCACGAAUCACAGUUCACCAGGUCCCAUUGCCGACAGGGCAUGGCAAAAGCAAACCUCACUGUCUGUACGGAUGCUGGACCUCCAAGGGAACUCCAUCAGCCACUUGCCGCCACGUUUUCUCGACCUGCUUCCUGACCUGGAGGUGAUGGAUCUUGGCCUCAACCGCAUCCAGCUCUGUCAAGCAAGGAACUCCUCCAAGGGAGAGUGCCUCCAUGCCAAAACAGAGGACUGCACUACCUUCCACUGCCUUCCACACCUCAGGCACCUCAGCUUACGCGGGAACAACCUCAGGCUGGUGCACGGAUGCCUGUUCCACCAAACGCCCUUGGCCUCCCUGGAUCUGUCAGAGAACCAGGGCCUGGUCCUGCCCAGUUAUGCUUUGGAGGGUCUGGAAGCAUCUUUGCAGGAGCUCUCUUUGAGAGGGAAUCGAAUGAAGACUGCCAGCCUGAACUUCCCUUGUCUGGUGUCCCUGAGCAUCCUGGACAUGUCAGGGAAUGACUUGAGUGCCAUCCCUCCCAGCUUGCUUUGCUCCCCGCUGGAGAAACUGGACAUCCAAGGAAACCAGCUGGAGAGCAUAGAAGAAGCUGCAGCAAAGCAACUAAGAAGGAGUCUCCGGGCUUUGUCUGUGGCUGGAAACCCCUUCAGCUGCUGCGAGCGAAAGUGGCUGCAAAUCCUGGGCACUUCCGUGCUGGACUUGGGUGAGACGCUGUGUUAUUACCGCAAUGGGGAUGAAAGCUUCACAACUCAAAUCAGUGGCAAACAGGCUGGGCAGCUUUGCCCUCGCAAUGCGUACAAGGUCUAUCUGGCUGUAACUGCAUUUUUGGUGUGCACUGUGGGCCUCCUCUGUGCCAGUGUGCGCUGGUUCCUGAAAAGGGCUAAGACCUGCAUGCCACUCUGUCUGGGCUCCCUAAGAAACAAAGUGGAGCCUGCUCCAUCUCCAAGCAAGGAAGCCAACUCUACAAUUUUAUAAUCUUUAAAUAUUCAUCCUGCCCUUGUAAAUGGCCUGUAGGAUUUCUGCCUCUGCUUUUCCCUCUGGAGUGAGCAGUUGCUGUUUAUUACACAACCAACUUUACAUCUUUGCAAGCAGCAAAACAAUUAAAAAUACUUCAUGCUUCUGAAAACAUUUACAGAAUAUCAAAUAUAUUCAUGGGCCAUAAUUUCAAGGUAGCCAAGGAUGGUACAUUUCCGCCAUAAAAUACCUGGGUGAGAUGUAAUGAGCUGUGAGGUAGAGAAGGUUUCUGGUAAGAGGGGAUUAAAGAAAAGGAGGGAAAAGGCAGAUCUGAAUUAAGGCAGGUAAGUGUAAAGUGAUGCACAUUGGAACAAUCUCCUCCCUCUCCUUAUUUGCAACUCCUGCAUUACAGGGGAAUGGACUAAAAAUUAUUCUUGUGGGUUCCUUACAUCUCUCUAUGCAUUAUCCAUCAGCAAUAGCCUUCUGCAAACAUCCCUGAGUUUGCAGUUCUGUUGUUGGCAUGGUGAGAGUGGGGGAUCCCAAACCUUUCCUCUACUCCCACAACUCCAGGGAAAGGCUGCUGGCUGUCUCUAUUUAUAGCACUGUUUAUGUAGCUUCUAGAUAGGAGCUAGAGAGGAAGUUGUAGUGCAGGUUCUCAGAGGGUGUUUCCUGCAUAGCAAAGAGAAGCAAAAACCUGGGUGCUCCAGUAAAGAAGGGGGAAAGGGAGCAAUGCUCAGGGAAGUACAAUGCAGCCCUGUUUAGAAAGGACUUCAAGGCGGAGGGAGGGGGCGGUCCUUCCUGGAAUUGGCAUCCCAUCUUUGCCCACCACUGGACCCAACGUAGCAGCAGUAGCAGCAGCAGAGAGGAAGGAGGCCAGGUGGCCACCCAGUCAGACCUUGGCCCAAGUCAUGCCACCACCCUGUUUUAUUCUGUUUUGAGGCAAGUAAAGAAAUGUACACAUACUCCCUGGGAGGUAGGAAGAUCCAAGGCAGGUAAAAUAAAGCACUUCUUAGCAAAUCUAUGGAAAUCCCUCCCACAGGAGGUAGUGAGAGCCAUCAAAAUAGGAUUGGACAAAUUCAUGGAGGAGACAG